AAGAGGACACUAGCUCAGAAGAGGCCUAUUGCUCGAAACCGACGUCCUCUCCUUGAAAAAGAAGAGAACCACGAGGUCCACUCCGUGCAUACGGUACACCACAGCCGUGCCGCUGUCUGUCCUCCUCACCUGAGAGGACGACUCCGCUUCCGUCCGUCGCCGUUGCGACCACGCAGGCCAACACCCACCCACACAUUCCGCAGUUGGACCGCAGGGCGGCAAAGCGGAGAGCGUCUCAGAUACACAUGAGAUUCCCAUCCCGUCAUCCCCUUCCCUUCUCUCCCAGCACAAGCAUAGAGGGCCAGAGGCUAGUAGUUGUUCCCACCCAAAGCCCAACUCCACACCGCGACGCCUCCCCUUCUUUUCUCCCCGUCGCUUCUCAUCCCCCUCCCUUGUUGUCAAGCCCCGACGGAGACGCUGCCAUCCCGCAGCUGCUCCAAACAGCAACGUCUUAGCCGACGAGAGCCCUCGCCACCCACCCAGCAUCCCAGCAAGGCCCCCUCCCGUCGCCUCCCCUUGGCUUUUCGUCGAGCAGUUGGUGGGCACCCAACCCAGCUGGGAGAUUCUAAGGCGGGAGUGAGUGAGCCGGCGGCGGUGGGAGAGAUGAAGAAGCUGUACCAGGGGAAGGGCCGGAGGGUGCACCCGGCGCCGGUGGAUGCUGCUGUGGCGGCGGCUGUGGCGCUGCCGGCUGCCGUGCUGGCCCUGGCGUCUGCGCUGACCGCGGAAGAGCAGGAGGUGCUGGCCUACAUGCUGUCCGGCGCCGCCGCGGCCCGCCGCCGCGGGCUCCACCCGCCGGAGAUGGGCUGCGGGUGCUUCGGCUGCUACAAGAGCUUCUGGGCGCGCUGGGACGCGUCCCCCAACCGCUACCUCAUCCACCGCAUCAUCGACGCCGUCGAGGAGAGCGGAGGAGGAGGUGGCCCUCCGCGCCGCCCUUCCCGCCGCCGGCGCCGCGGCCGCCGCAGCAGCGACGCCGCCGAUGAGGAUGCCGCGGACACCGGGGAGGCGGACGCCAGCGUGGAGCACCUCCCAGGAUGCGACGGUGAGUACGAGGGCGACGGAGACGAGGAGGAGGAGGAAGAGGGGGACAGCAGCAUGGACGGCGACGAGGACGACGAGUCGAUGACCGGCGACAGCGACUGCAACAACGGCAGCUGCGGCAACGCCGAGAAGAGCACCGUGGGGAGGCUGGUGCGCUUCAUCGGGGAGAAGGUGUGGGGCGCCUGGAACUGAUCGAGCUCACCACCCUGAGCCGGUGCUCCAGCUCACUUGUUCUUGUAGAUUAAGGUAAGCAAGGAGACCACCAAGAAGGUCAUGUCAAGGUCAGUACCAGAAGUAGCUGUUUUGAUCAAGAGCACCUCUGCUCUAUGCCCUUUUCCUCUUCUUUCUUUUCGUUAAUUUCUUGCACUCUGGUGAGCUUGUGAGGCUUGGAGGGGAAAAUCCGCAUUAUCUGAUUCAAUUUCAGUCCUUCGCUUCAUCCUCCUCUGUACCAUAUUUUUGCUCCUUUGGUUCAACAAUGAACUUCUUGCAAGAGAACAUGAUCCUUUCCCUUUC